CCUCAGGUUCCUCAGGCGAAGGCCAUGGACCAGCCGGGGACUGCGGAGCCCCGAGGCUGGGAUGUCGUGGUCCCGUGUCCACGGCGGGUCUACCCCCGCCGGAAGGUGGCGGGCCGGGGGCUCAAGCUCACCCCGAAGCCGGAACUGGGGAAGACGGAGGCCCUGCGAGGCCUGAAGGGAAGAGGCAAAGAGCACGUAUUGCAGAAAAUUACAGAGAAAGCAGAACUGAGCAGGCCGGGAGGUAGCUCUGGCCCGCCAAGUCAGUUAAGUGUUAAAGGAGAAAUAACCCUGCAAGAAAAGAGCCCUGGCAAGGAGACGGCAGCUGAGAGGAUCACUCCACUAAGUGAGUCAGUGACUGAUGACUUCAAUAUUGACAGUUCAUCAGAUAGUGAACUAGUAUCAGGACUAAGUUUGCAGCAAGAUGUCUCCAGUUGUGUCCUGAACUGUUCAGACACAGAGUCUUAUAGAGAGUACAAGAGUAUUGAAGAGAAUUUAAGUAGCUUCUCGUCACCUGAACUGAUCAGAGGAUCCGACUAUUUCGAUUGGGAGCAUCCUAAGUUGGAAGACUAUAGUCACUACAAGAAUUCCACCUUUCUGGACUCCAGUAACGCAGUAGUGAUAGAGAGGGCACUGCAGCUUUCAGACCUCUCUGCAAUUCUGAGUGCCUCCUCAGAAGACUAUGAGAAGUGCCACAGAAAAAUAGUGCUUACAUUAGAGGACCAAAAGGUUUCUCCAAAACCAAAGUAUACUUCAACUUUAGCAUCAGUUGUAGAUAACUCAGCUUGUGAGGUUGUACUUACUGAGAAAACUGGCCCUCCAACCACCAAAAAAACAAAGAAAAAAGCAAUUGCCACUUCCCUAGUAACUAAAAAGCUGGACAAACUGAAAAUCAUCAACUCUUGUCAGAAAAGUGAGAUCAUAGGGAUCCUUGCUGCACCAAAGAGACAGAGGAUACGAAGAACAACAGCUUACCAGAGUGAAAACUUACAAACAGAAAUCUCCAUGAGAACCACCACACCUGAAAAAGAGUCUGACUAUAGAGAUCCAAGUAUUCAAACAAAGCUAAAUGUUGGUCAUCUGAAAACCAACGUUCCAUUGUCCCACUGUAAGUUGGCUCUUGAAAAUAGUACAAGUAGAUCGGUUAGUGAACCUGUGCUGCCUCAGUGCUUGGAACCUGUUCUGAAAGAAAGUUCUAGUAUUUCUGAUAAGCAAAGCAAAGCCCCGUUAACAAGUACGCCAUCUUCAGAGACAGUUGAUUUUGUGAUUGAUUUGUCUCCAGUGCAAGAUGUAUCUUUUGAGGAACUAUUUCCAAAAGUCAGCAAUUAUGUUAACUCAAAUGAAAUUGUUUCUGUGUCAAGUUCACAAGAAAAUUCUUCAAAUGAGUUUCCUUCAAAUACACCAGAAAUUUGUUGUAUUAUUAGGGCAUCACCAGGAACUAGACAAAUGAAAAAUAAAGGUAUCACUGUAAAGAAGAAAUAUUCUCUUCCUAAAGAUACUCCUCUAGAUAUUAUAAUGAAGACAAAUGGUAGAACAUAA